AUGGAGGACGCACAAUUUUAUAAUUGGAAUAAGGUUUAUGUUGUUUAUUGCGAUGGAUCUUCGUUUACCGGAGAUGUUGAUGCUGUUGACACUGGUAAUAAUCUAACUUAUAGAGGUGCACGGGUGUUCAAAGCCAUUAUGGAAGAACUACUAGCAAGGGGGAUGAAGUGUGCAAAAAAUGCAAUUCUUAGUGGGAGUUCCGCGGGAGGAUUAGCUGCAAUGAUUCAUUGCGAUUACUAUCGUGAGCUUCUCCCUAUUACUGCUAAAGUAAAAUGCCUCCCGAUUGCGUCGUAUUUUUUGCACCGGGAAAAUCAAAUUGGAAGGAAACAGUUUGAGUCGGUGUUUGAGGCGUUAGUUACUUUACAUGGAUCCGCCAAAACUCUGCAUCCAUUGUGCACUUUGUCAAUGAGGCCAAGUCUGUGUUUUUUUCCACAAUAUUUUCUGGUGUAUGUUAAGACACCGAUUUUCAUAGCAAUGUCGGCAUUUGACAAAAUUCAGCUGCAAUAG